GCGUUUGACACACAUGAUAGACAAUUUUGGCUAGUUUUUGUCUUUGUCUAAACUUUCCGUAAACAUCACCACCCAGCGGAGCUUUGCCUUCCUUCAUAAUCGUCUCUUUGCUUGGUUAUGUUGCGUGACGAUGCAAUACGUGACCUCUUUCGAAGACCGGCCCGUCCCACGUCAACAGCGCUUUGCAGCUUGAAUGCGUCAUCUGUCAUCCUUUUGGUUGAUGACAGCUUUCUGACAUGUCGAAAAGUAUUAUAGUAUAGGACAGUGUAGAAUUUCCCCAACAUUCGAGGAGGCCUUCAUUCCACUCAAGGUGACAAACACCGAACUUUGUCGCUAAAAGACUUAGUCUCGAGAGCAGAAUUAGAACCUGGUGGCUUGAGAGAGAGAUAAGGAAAGAAAAAGGCUUUCGUCAGGAUGGGUGCCAGACUGUUGUGUUUUACUCUUGCUUGCGUAUGCCUUCUUACAACGGCGACCGCAGAACAGUCACCGGUCAAACCAAAGGAUCCUUGCCAGAGGGUUUUCUGUACUAAAGGACGUAUGUGUGUUGUGAACGAGGAUCGAUCUACCACUUGUGUGUGUCCAGAAUCUUGUCCUGAAGAGUACAAUCCAGUCUGCAGUGUGUACCGAACGGAGUUCAACAAUAAGUGUGAACUGCACAAGUUUGCUUGUCGACUUGGCGUUAUGGUUGGAAUAGAACGACAGGGAAAGUGUGAUGACGAGGGAGACAAGUGGAAGUGGGGGCCGUGCUCAACCUCCAGUCUUCAGCAGUUCCAUGAUCGAUAUCUCGAAUAUCUAAUGUUUGCACGAGAGAAGGAGUUGGAUCCAGAUUUCCCACUUGAGUCGAAGAGAUUGGAAUCGCUGACAUAUGAGGAACGGAAAGCAAUUAUAGAGUGGGAAUUUUAUGGUAUGGACAAGAACCACAAUGACAUUCUCGACAAAGACGAAAUCAAAUUAAUGAUCGACCCGAACGAAGACUGCAUGAUCGGAUUUAUGAAGUCAUGUGAUUAUGAUCAUAAACCGGGAAUCAGCAGAAAGGAAUGGAACGAAUGCUUUCCGCCAAUCAGUCCUGAAGUGAACCAAGACGCUAUGGACUUCAAAUGAAAGAAGCAACAAAUGUCAGAAGGAGCCUUCAAAAAAAUACUUGUUAUUGUUUUUAUUUCCUCAGAUGUCAGUUCUAGUUCAUUUGUAAAACCUCGUUAUUCAAGAAUGCUUUGAUUAAAAUUUUCCUUAACGCUUCAUA